ACAAGCUAAUGAAGGCAGGACCAUCUCCCCUUUUCCUGCCAUAAUCACAUGAUCUCAUAAAGCAUUUCUAUUCUAUUCUAUUCUUUAAUCUCUGCAGCCAUCUCAUAAGAUCGAUCAGAAGCCAAGCCCAAAGCACAGCACAAUUCCUCAACGAUUCGACCAAGACAUUCCUCCUUUACCUAUAAUUUGCAUAUCAAACACGUACAAACAAGGAAAGGAAAAGUAUUCUCCCUCACUUUUCUAUGAUCCAUAUUUUUCUCCCGGAUAGGAUUGAUUAGCUUUUUGUGGAUUGUUCAAAUCACACGUCGGCCUGUCUUAAUUAUAUUCAUGGAUAGUGCUCAUCAAUGGAUGCACCAGCAGCAGCAGGAAUUUGCAGUGGGAUUCAUAUCAGAAACUGGUGGUGGUGGUGGUGGUGGCGGUGGUUCUGCAAAUACUAAUAAUCCAAAGCCGCCGCCCCCGCCGCCUGCAACAGCAGCAUCAGUGGAGAGAAAAGUGAGGCCGCCGCAAGCCCUAAACUGCCCAAGAUGCCACUCCACCAACACCAAAUUCUGCUACUACAACAAUUACAGCCUCACCCAGCCAAGGUACUUCUGCAAGACUUGCAGGAGGUACUGGACCCAGGGUGGAACCCUAAGGAAUGUCCCAGUUGGAGGGGGAUCCAGGAAGAACAGGAAACCGACUUUCACAUCACCUGUUUCCCUGUCUCACAAACUGAUUCCAGAUCUCAACCCUCCAACCAUGCUAAUGUCUCCUCAUCACUUCUCCUCUCAAAACCCUAAAAUCCACACUAGCCUAGGCCAAGGCCAAGAUCUUAAUCUUGGCUUCCAAGAUCCAGACGACUAUCACCAUCAUCAUGGGAUCUCUCAGUUUCUGGAGCUUCCCAAGAUCGAGAAUAGAUCAGAUGUCAUUGCUUGUUCGUCAUCUUCCGCCAGCAGCAGUACCCCCUCCACAGCUCUAAAUUUUUUGAGUAAUGGAAUUGCUGCAGGUAGAUCAGGAGGGUUGAACUCCUUCUUCCCCAUGGGUAUGGCCACUUGUGUUUUUGCAUCAGGUAGUUUUCCGUUCCAUGAAUACAGCAAUAAGCCAACACUUGCCUUUUCCAUGGAUGUCGGGGGGAUCAAUGGGAAUAGACAACACGAGACGACUACGACUACCUCUAGUACUUGUGACGGCAACCCCCGGGAGAAUAAGAAUCGUAAUAAUAAUAAUAAUAAUAAUAAUAAUAUCAAUGGAAAUCUCAUGUUUGCCUUUGGAGCAAAAAGACAAUCAUCAUCAGGUACAGAUGAAGAUGAAGAUGAAGGGGAUCAAGGCCACAAGGGACACGACGAGAAUAUCAAUGAUAAUAGUUCAAAUGGAUUUUGGAAUGGAAUGUUAGGUGGCGAGUCUUGGUGAAAAGAAGAGACAACUGCAUCUGCAUUUUUUUUUUUUUUAAUAUUUCUCUUUGUUUCAGCUUUAAUAUUCACUUUUAUCUUCUUCCCUUUUGUGCAUCUUUCUGUAUGUGGUUGGAUAGCUGCUUUAUGUAUGUAUAUAUAUAUAUGUGUUUAGAACUGACAUACAUACAUACAUACGAGCAUCCUGCAUAAAGGUAUAAUCAAAUUAAUUAAUACUGUAUUUCUAAUUAAUGAGUCAUUAGUUAGAUAUAUAUAUUAGCUACUUCACAUUUUAGCUAGCUGUCUCUCUUUUUGUUUAGUUUUAAGAGCAAGUUUGGUUGAUUAUUGGUCACAUUAAUUCCAAUAUAUAUUAAUUAAUUUUAGUCAUCAACAUAUUUGGAGUCAUGUUUUUUGUCUUCAUGUUGAAACCCUUAGGUUGUUGGUACUGGACGUGAUGGCAGCUUACUUGGAUCAAACGUCUUA